AAUUAUUUAAAUAGCAGUAUUUUUUAUAAAAGAAAUUCAGUUUUUCUCUCUAAAUUCUCCUCCCGUGCCUUCCAUCGCCCCAUCGCCCCAUCGCCCCAUCGCCCCAUCAAUUCGUUCAGUCAUAUUUUUCUUCGUCUUCUUCUUUUCUCCCUUCAGAUCCUCGCACAGCAAUUCUUUGUUCUGUUUUUAUUUUCCCAUAUUCAUCUUCAAUUUUUCUCUCAUUCGCCUUGCAACAACCUACCAAAUUCCUCUGUUUUUGUCAUUAAUUCCCUCUUAACCAUCUGCCAUUUCGUUUCUUCUUCAUUUCGGAUUUCAUAUUUGACGAAAACCCAAAUCUUUAGUUGCGAUUCCGAUGUCGGCUUUAGAAGGAGGUGGAGGAGGUACGCUUUCGGAGAUAUACCAAAGUGCUAGGAGGCAGCUUUUGAGGACCAGAGAUGGGCUUGAGAAGCUUGAGCGUCUUGAAUACACGGCGGCUAGCGGUAUGGAUUCCCCCGAGCUUUCCUUCUCGAUCAAGAAGGAUAUUACUCAGAUCCAGUCUCUGUGUGUUGAGAUGGAUAGGUUAUGGCGGUCUAUUGCGGCCAAGUCUCAACGUGAUUUGUGGAAAAGAAAGGUGGAACAAGUUGCGGAGGAGGCAGAUUCUAUGAAACAAAGUUUGGACAAGUAUUUUCUUAGAAACCAAAAGAGGAUGAUGGAAGCAAAGGAGAGGGCAGAAUUGCUUGGAAGAGCUAGUGGCGACUCUGCUCACAUUUUAAGAAUUUUUGACGAUGAGGCACAAGCUAUGAACUCGGUUCGAAAUUCAUCACGGAUGUUAGAGGAAGCUAGUGCAACCGGAGAAGCUAUCCUUUUCAAAUACUCUGAGCAGAGGGAUCGCCUGAAGAGAGCACAAAGGAAGGCUCUAGAUGUCCUUAACACAGUGGGGCUCUCCAACUCUGUACUGAAACUCAUUGAGAGACGGCACCGAGUUGAUAAUUGGAUUAAAUAUGCAGGCAUGAUUUUAACCAUAGUUGUUGUGUUUUUUUUUGUUCGAUGGGUACGCUAAUUCUCACCCAAUGAUUGUCGUGCAAUUCAAUUCCUGAUGGCUUCUUGAAGAAAGGUACAUAAAUACACAUUGAGGCUGCUUUAAUUUGACCUCCCAGGGUUUACACCUCUAGAGGUCUCACCAUCCAGAAGACAAAAUACUACAUACUAAAUAGACUACGACGAUGUCCCCCAUGUCGAGCUUUGCUUCGCAAGUGUGAUAACUCAAUUAUUUUUCAGCUAGUCUGUAUACUCCCUUCUGGGUUGCUAUAGUAUAAGUUCUGAUUCAAGAUGCACGUAUCUGUCAGACAUGGCGUCUUAUUGAUGGUUUUGAUGAUGCUAGGCUUUUGUUUGUUACGUUUCAUGAACUUUUGAAUUUUUUCUGGUGCCUUGGUUCUAUUCUCUAUGGGUUUUUUCUUUCACUAUUGUAAUUCAAACAGGUGGAGAUUUUGAACCUACAACUAAGCUUAGUUUAUGCAGUUGAACUAUGUUAAGGUUAGUUGGCUCAACAUUCUCUUUUCCAAUUUUGGAAGGAAUGGUAAAUGUUAAGUCCUUAGGUAAAAGCUUAGAAUGAUGUUUAAACUUGAAAGUUGUACUCUUGUUGUAACAUGCUAUUUGGUUUAGAAAGUCCUCAAUUUUAGGCAUAUCAAACUUUAUCGGGAUGUACUAUUAUUUCAGCAGUUUAUAGUUUGGUUACUUUAGUUUGAUGGCAA